AUGACUGCAGUGAUGCAGAAUGCCAGGGCCCUGCAGUUUGCCUCAGCGGCGCUGAAGCGCAGCGCCGCCGUGGUGCGGGCCGCCGGCGGCGACUGGCGCCGCGUCUUCGACUGUCCUUCACUGGCUAAUGACGAGGAUGUGGCGCUGACUGCCAUAAGCUUGGACUGGGAAGCUGCUCACUUGAUCUCGGAGAAGCUCCGUAGCGACAUGCACUUCAUGAGACGCGCUGUGGGCCUCAACGGCCUAGUGCUGCAGCUGGCGGUGCGUUUGCAGGGCUGCCGCCCCGCGGUGCUGGCGGCGCUGCGCCAGGACGGCCUGGCGCUGAGGUUUGCCUCGGAGGAGCUUCGCGGCGACCUCAAAGUGGUGCGGGAAGCCGUGGCCAACAACCCUAUGGCGCUGGAGUUUGCCUCGGAGGCACUGUGCUCCCAGAGAGACCUAGUGCUGGCUGCGGUGGUGCGGAACGGCCAUGCCCUCCAGUUUGCUGCUGAUGAACUGAAGCAGGCCUCUUGUCGCACACAGUUCUGGGGGGUCUGGCUGAGGGCCGAAAGUCUUGAUGGAAGUUUUUCCGAAAAAGAGAUGUCACUUGCCUCUGUCCAGCAAGAAACUGGAGCAAGAUUGUAG